AAAAAAAAAAAAGAGAAAUUGUGUCAAAAGCAGAAGGAAAGCUUCAGAAAAUUGUGUUCUGUGCAAUUUGUUGAGCUGGUGAAAAGCGGAGAAAAGUGCUGUGCGAAAAUGUGCCAUCGCCCGAUUAGGUCGUCAGCUAUUUUGUUGCUAUUGCCCAUCCUAUGCUGCAUAUCACAAGGCGCGGCCAUAAAGUGCUUUGUGUGCGACUCAAGCGACAAUCCCAGUUGUGCGGAUCUGAAGUCCAACUCGAGCAUUGUGCCUGAGGAAUGCACAUUGGACAAAAUGAAGUCGUUGGACACCUGGCUGUUCGACUUGAACAAGUUCUCCUACUUCGAUAAUGGGGCCAACAAGCAUCCGCUCAUGAAUUGCCAAAAGGUGGUCGCAACUGAUCCGAAUACCAAUAAGCUGGUGACCGCACGCUUCUGUCAGCUGGACACUGGCGACUCGGAUGCAUGUGAUAUACUGCGCUCGAAGCUGCGAAUCACCAGCGAUGCCAGCGGCGGGCAGCGACAUCGGCGACGCGAGCACGACCAACAGCAGCAGCAGCAGCGACGCAAAGGCUAUGGCCAGGAUGCGGAUGAGAAGGCGCCGGAGGAGGAGUUCUUCUGUGACAUUUGCAAAACGGAUCGCUGCAACGGCGCAGCUGCAGUGACGCUGACGUCAUCGCUGUCGCUGCUGGGGCUGCUGCUGCUCCUGCUGCAGUGGACACGGACACAGCGCUGCUGAAGUGGUGGACGACGGAGGAUAGACGGCGAUGGCUGGCGACAUUGGUUGCAUUUAGGUUGAGUUAACGUUAACGUUUAUCGUUUACCUUUUGUACAUAUUCAAGUGGCCAUUGAGCGACACAGAAAAA